AAUCCGACCUAACAACAGCAAACAAAUAACAUCGAAGUCCUUGUAAAAAUUAGGGUUAAAAGUUGAGAUUCGUACAACGUUUAAAUGAUGUAGCGCUGGAUAUAUUAAGUCUCAAAACUUUGUUUAAUAUUAGUGUUGCUAUUAAUAGUUUGCUGGUAGAGCGGUGGUGUCGAGUUCAUAUUAAUUCACUACCCACAAUCGAUGCCUACCUGAAUUACGUUAGAUAAAGUACAGGCAGCCUGGUGUAAUUCUACUACACUAUCGCCUUAUAAGCCGAUAGAAACAGAAACAUGUAAACUAUACUUUACAUGAUAAACAGACCACCAAGUUCAAUGUGGAAACUUGGUAUUUGCAUGUAGUGUUUGAAGCCAAAUGGACUAUAUUAACAUCUUGUGUAAUCCUGAAUAAUCCAAUCAUCAAGUUUUCUAGGUAGAAAAUAUAUUUUAAAAUCUCCUGUUAUACAGUAUAUAACCAAGUACAUUAUUAUAUAUUUGAAAUAAUAAAAUUAAAAAGAUAAAAAGGGUUGUGUCAUUUCAAACUUGCAAUCGUUUUCGACUAUCCAAAUGUAUAAAUUUUACGAAACAUCCAACUAAUUUUUUUUCGUUCGACAAAGAUAGUUUCAAAUAUACGUUACAAGAACAGCUGAAGUCGAAGUUAUCAGAAUGUCACUCUCCGAGAAAAUGUGUCAAAAUCUGAAUAAAAUAUGGGCGGAUCAAGAACUUUGUGACUUCACAGUUGAAAUAGAUGAGGUGUCCAUAAGGUGUCAUCGCGUCAUUCUAGGAGCGAGUUCGCCAUUUUUUCUUGGACUGCUGAGAUCUGGAAUGAAAGAAGCCAACGAGGGACAUGUAGUUCUACAAGAUGUAUCAGUCUCCACCUUUCAGUUAAUCCUGAAAGCUUUGUACACCGGCGAAGACGUGUUGAGUCUUGACAACUUCAUAGAAAUCUGGCACGCUGUAGAUAUGCUGCAGAUUGGAUCUCUUGUAGAGUUAUGUGAAUCAUUCGCUGCUAAAAACAUACAAUUGGAAAAUUUCAGAAAAUUAUUUUCCGUUGCUAACCUUUUUAAUUCUAAAACAUUGCUGUCGUCAGUUAAAAAGUUCAUGACCCAGAACAUUGAAGAUAUUUGUAGAGACAAACUCUAUUUAGAAUUUUCAUUUGAUGAAAUGAGUGAUAUUGUUCGCUGUCAUGCUCUUAAUUUCAGAACUGAAUACCCCGUACUAGAGAUGGUUCUAAACUGGGUUCAAUACAAACCUGUAGUUGAGGAUUCAACAAACAACUGCACUGGAAACAAUAACAAGUUCCAAACAUUAGAACAAGAUAAUAGUUUGAGUAAUGCUAGCUCAAAAUAUAUAAAGCUUAACUGCUCAGAAGACAAAUCUACCUCUGUUAUGGAAACUAAUAUUAGUAAAAAUAGGAAUGUUACAAUAAUAACUUAUGAUUCGAUUCAGAGGUCAAAACGCGCGGUUAGCUGGUUUGGCAAUUUAGAACCCAUCACUUCAGAAAAUUUUAGCACUUUUAGAUUUGAUCCCACCUCAUCGGAGAAUCUUAGCUCUGAUAGAGUUGAUGAACUCAACAUCUUACUGAGUCAAGUAAGAAUGUGUAUUAUAUGCCCAAGUUUACUAAUGAAUGUUUUAGAACAUCGACUCAUUAAAAAUAACGACAAAGCAUGUCAGAUAAUCGUUUCAGCUCUCUUAAAACAGAUGUCUUUCCGUCACGGACAGUGGCCAAAAGCUGGUAUAUACAGACAAUGUCAAGAGUACGGUAACUAUGGCAUUAGCUGCAUGAACGGUACUGGGAAAUUCUUGUUGAUCGAUCUAGUUGAUGAGAAGAGAUACACAAUCAAGUCAUGUAAAACGUUAUGCUGGCAUGUCCAAAUAUCUGCUUUUGACAAAGAGCUCUACGCCACAAGCUCAAGGUAUGCCAAUAUGACUGAAAGUGACAUGUUUGUUUACAGGGAUAACACAUGGACACAUGUAGCCGAGGUCCCAGGAACUGAUAUAUUACUAGCAAGCAAUGAACAAUACGUAUAUGCAACAAGCGUUUCGGAAGAGACAAUAUAUCGAUUAAAUUCCAAAUGUAAUCCCCCCUGUAUAAGUACAUUUUCAACUCUACCAGAAGGCUCUGUUGUAAAACAUUUUAUGAGCUAUCAAAUAUACCUACUGAUCUUUUGUACUGAAACAGGCAAUGGCGUCGAGGAAACGGCUGUCCAUAUGUUAGACCUUCAGGCCAAGAGCUGGACAAAACUGGACAACCUCAAUGGACCAGCUAAAAACAUCAUCAGUUUUCGUAACGACGACAACCACUUUGUGCUGCAAAGAAACGGCAACUUGUGGGUUUUGAGAGUGACUGGUGAAAACAUCAGAUUCACUUAUGUAGCGAAACUUUGGAAUUUAGACCUCGAUCUGUGCGGAGCGGUCGUUUACGGUGAAAAAUUGGUCAUUUUUUACAAAUAUCUUGAAAAUGGCCCUGAUGACAAUUUCGUUUAUAAAAUUGACAAUGUUUUUCAAUUAAUCAGUUACAGUGAAUUAGCUUCUAUGUGUUCAAAACUGAUUCCUGUUGUUCUGCCUAAAUCUUGUCUUUCAGAAUUUUAAUGAUACCGGGAUGUCUAGCAUGAUAUUUUGUAAUGUUUUAUACUAAGUCUUGCAAUAUAAUCCUGUAAUAUUGUUUAAAUAGUGCAAAUAUGACAACUAUUAAGUAUUAGGUUUAUACAAUUUAAGUAUUAUGGCAUAUUUUCAUUAGAAGAACAGCAUGAUAAACUGAAUAAUACUGUGUUUUAGAUUUUACACAAUUGUAUAUCAAAAUAGAACUGAAA